CAGUAUUCACGCAGUAGUCACGCUGUCGAGAGUUGCUCAUUUUUGCUUAUCUUGUUGUCUUUUUUGUUGUUGUGUGCAGUGUUUGUUUUAUUUUGUGUGGGGUGUGUCUUGUUUGAGCCAGUCAGUUUGUGUGGGCGAUUUCGAGGUCCCCCCCCCCUUUUUUUUAUCAUUUUGCAUGCCAAUUAAGAGCUGUGAUGUGGCUGUUGUAUCGUCGUAUCGCUUUCCCGCUGAAUUGAAUGUCAUCAUGUUGAAAUCACCGAAACUUGUACGACUGGCCGACUUUUAUCUACGACAACAUAAAAAAGAAGGCGGCCGCUUCUUGACGGAGAGGCCAGCUCCAGAAACGAUGGCGACCACCUGCAAGAGUUACGUUUCCUAUCCAACAACGGCAACGGGCACGUCGCCCCCGAGUUCGAGGCUACCACCAGACGGACACGAAUUUCCGGGCGAUUACAUCGACGAUACGAGCACAACGGCCACAACGCAAAGCAGCAAAUUGACUGCGUCGGUGGCGCGCGGGCGGAGUGGCAGCGCUGGAGGGACGGGCACCGGUUGGCGGACUCACACUGGCGGAAGAGACGAGCGCAGUGAACGCAGUGUCAAGGACAAAAUUGCUUUGUUUACUAACGACGUCCAUCCAUCAGCUGUUGGAUCGACGUUAUCCUCCAGCAGUUCGGUGCGAAAUCAAGCGGCCGUCACUGGUAAGACGAAACAUCCGACGUUGUCGUGUUCAGUUGACAAUUUGAGCGUUGGCCGGUCGCCGAUGGUGUCGCCCGUCACCCGCUUGGAUUCGAGGACGCCGCCUCGUCACCAGCUGGCCGCUGCACCCACGGUGAAAGCUCAAAACGCCGUCGGUGACGUCGAGAGUCCGACGAACGUAAACUUGUGCGAACGUUCGCGCAGUUUGCUGGACGUGGCUCAUUAUUCAACGGCCAGCCAAGUCGGACAUCAACGCCACACCAUCAGUCCGUCCGUUUCAAGUGAGCACCAGCAACAAAGGAAAUCAUCUCUGGUGGGCUCGGAUGACGGACGGAAAAAGCUGACCCUGUCCAGCACUAAACUAAGAGGUUUGGUCAUUCCGGACGUUGUCGAUGGAACUCAAUUAGGGACCGAUCCGCCCAGUCGAGCCGUCAUGGAUCUUCCGGAAAUAAUUAGUAAAGAUUCCGUCAUGGUGGUUGGACUUUCGCCGUUUGCUCCGCUGCGCAGCCCCAACGGCACACAUGCUGGCGGCCAGGAUAUGACGGACAAUAGCGCAACUGUCCAGCCAAACAAACAAAAGACGACGUCGCUCAGCUCUUUGCCGUGGAAGAGCAAUUCGCCCAGCUUACCUAAAUAUUCUCCGGCGUUCAAGCGCAAAGAAUUGACCGUCCUGCGCACUCCGUACAACAAUUCAGAAACGACGGCCGUCUCGCCCGUCUCGCCCGUCAACAAACCGGCCCUAAUGACGAGCUUCUCUUGUCCGUCGGACGUCGACGGACCGCAGAGUCCCCUGGUGGAGAGCGAAAGUGGCGUCAAUGACAAUAGCGACACGGAUGGCGAUUCGGCCGUCAGUUCCAGCCGAUCGUCGUUCAGUCCGUCCGGAUCACCUGUUCCCGAUCGGAAUCAAUCGAAUCAAAUAGCCGACGAGGACGCAACGACGGCCUUGGCGGCGGCAGCCAGUCGAGUUCUCAAAGCGCAAAGUGUCGAGGCUCUCAAUCGUAAAAAUGUUCUCCAGUCUGCCCGUUACAGUUCCGGCGGAGGAAAUCUUUUGGAUCUGACACCUCCACUACCGCCGACUCUUCCGCCUCCAGCUGUCCCGUCACCGACAGCAGCCUCUGAGAUCAAGUUGACAGUGGACGUCAAUCAACCGUCUCCUACACCGUCGCAGGCCAGUCCGGCUGCGCGUCCUCCUGUCCAGCGUACGGCCAAAUUAUCUGGCGAGAAUUUCGAGCAAACGCUGCGCAAAUUCACGUCGGCCGAGGCGAGCAGCCGGAUCGAGCGCAGCGCGCCGCGCUUGCGUUUGUCUUCUUCCGAGAGGCUCGAAAUGAAGACGGCCUUAAUCACCGACAUUUGCAGCGAUCCUAGCAGCCCUGUGGCACAGAAAAGUGGAACGUUGCAUCGUGACAAUGGCUCUCCAUCAUCCGCCAAGAAGCUGACGACUCCAUCGUCUGUUGCUUUAGACCACCAAACGACUGGAUCGGCAAACGCGUCUAAAGAGAUCAAGAGCUUUCGGGCGUUGGCCGAACGUUGGGAAGCCAUUGCCAACGAAUCUCCGUCUUCUACCGGAUCUUCUCCGCCCGGCCCCAACAUCAGUUCCAGUUCUAAGAAAAUGAUUGAUUUGAAUCCGGUUAUUCAGCCGACCGUUCGAGACCUGCCUUCGUCGUCCGACAAUCGUGACGCGAUUCGAUCCGUUACGGCCGCAACGCCAUCCAGCCGAACGGCAACAGCUUCGUCAUCGGCCGAAUCACGUGACCACAAACCGACGACGUCUGCCCGAGCCGUGACCGGUCGCAGCGUCUCUGCCGGAGUGGUCGAGAUCCGCAAAGCCUUCGAGCGCGUCAAGGAGGAACUGAUGGAAACGGAAUCGAAUUGCCAUUACGGCGGAGGCCAGGAAUUGGGUGUAGUGGGCCUUGUUCACGGCGGAAACAGCCUGGAGGACUAUAAGCAAAACAAUCACUUCUCGCUUCAAUCGGGCAAUAAUAAUUCGCCCUCGCCUUCGUCUGGACAUCAUCAUUAUCAUCAUCAGCACAUGCGGAUGUCUUCGCUGGAUUCGACAACGAGCGAAGACAAUAGCCUUCCGUUCGGAUUGUACGGCAGUUGCUACGCUGGAUUCGGUUCGGCAUUCGGUGGAGGUGGAGGCUACGGCAGUUAUUACGGAGGACCUUUCGGCCCGUUCGGAGUCCGAGACAAUUACGGCAGCAUCACUUCGCUAGCGUCAUCCACAUCGCUCAUCUCACCGCAGGAGCUACAACAGCUGCUAGACGAAGCCAACCAAAGCCUGGAAGAGUCUGGCACACCAUCGCACGAGAUUGUCGUCGUUGUCCUGCAUCGUGGAGAUGUGGCUUCGUCGCUCAGCCCGGGACUGGGAAUCACGUUGGCCGGCGGUGCCGACUACGAAACCAAAGAGAUUACGAUUCAUAAGGUGAUUGGCGGCAGUGUGGCUGACCGGGACGGGCGCAUACAGAAAGGCGACCGUGUCCUCUCCAUUAACGGCAAAGGACUGAAAGGCGUCACACACCGUGAGGCACUCGCUAUACUCAAGGCUCCCAGACCGGAAGUGGUGUUGGUUUUGUCCCGGAACCGUUCCGUCUCGCCGCAAGAUAUCUGUCACGAUGUUGAUAAGGAUCUUCCUUCUGUCAUGAUCCCCGCCCUCAACACAGGACUGUUGGCUAAUCCACGUCAUCUUACCCUUUCCUCGGGAACCAAUGGCAAUGGAAUUAGCAGACCGCCUCGAAUUCUAGAAAGCCCUUCUGAUUUUACCAGCUACGAUCAUGCAUCUAACGAUGAUGAUCUUGGCCGUGGACCACCUGUGCAAGCGACGCUGUUAAAAGAGGGCGCCGGACUCGGUUUCAGUUUAGAAGGCGGCAAAGAUUCUCCACUGGGAGAUCGUCCGCUUACCAUUAAAAAGAUAUUCACCGGGGGUGCGGCCAGUAAGAACAGCACACUGCGCGUCGGCGAUCAAAUCAUUUCAGUCAACGACUGUGAUGUGAGGUCCAUGUCCAGGAUAGAGGCCUGGAACUUGAUGAAGAAGCUGCCCGACGGCGCCGUCUCCCUCAUCGUACGUCAGCAGAUUACAUCCUCGUAAAAGAAUGAAGGACACACACACACACACACACAUACACACGAAAAUGAAGAAAGAAGAAGGGAACACGUAUAAUUAAGAAAAAAAAAAAAAAAAACUAAAGAGAAAAUGCAACACACUUCCACGACGACAAACCGGUGCACCUCCUUUCUUCUCCCUUACACACACAUACAUACACACACACAUCCUUUUUAUUGUCAGCUUUUACUCCUCUUGUAAGCAACUGCAGAGGUAAUUUAAUUAAGGUAAUCUUGCGACUGUCUUUUAUCGCCUUCGUAUCGACGCUAUCUUUUCUCCCCCUUUUUUUUUUAGUUUCUUUCACCCAGGUUUAUACUAGCACUAUAGUUGAUCUCUUGACUCCUGCUUUUCUUGAAUCUUUUAUUAUUAUUGUUAUUAUUGUUUUGUUCUUUUUUACACUGAGGUGUUGGGCUCGUCUCCUAUUCAAUUUGUAUAUACAUAAUACGUAUACCAAUUCACCAAGUUUAUAGCUUCAAGCCUGGAAUGUGUGGUAUUUUAUCUGAAUUAUUGUAAUGAAACAACGAUUACAAGCUGAACGUAAUAAAUAAACCGUAUCUCUGUUUAAA